AUGCAAUUCAAGCUCGCUGUCAUCGCCCUAUUGGCCCCCUUGGUCAUGGCAGAGAACUGCCAGGAUGGCCUCGAUUACUGCGCCUACACUCUUGUCGGAAAAGGCGACUACCACCAGCAGAUAGGCACGGCCCUUACCAACUACGGUGCUUUCCUCCGGGCGACCAACCCGGACUGGUUCCUCUUCCACUGCGACGGCGGUGCCAACGGGGCUAUCUCUGUCAAGUCCAAGUGCCCCAAGGGAUGUGUUGACGGGGGCGACAGCACGAGCGAUUUCUGCGCUCCCGAUGCUUGA